AAAAAACACACCUCGCAAUGCUGGCUGCCGGCAUCACUUCGCCGCUGCGUUGGUGUCACGCCCAGCUUCGCUGUGCGCCGCCGCCCCGGGUCGGCCGCCGGGGUGUUGGCAUGGCGGCAGCGCGAAAAGUCUCAGUGGUGACCGGUGCUGGCAGCGGCAUCGGCCGCGCCCUGAGUUUGCUGCUGGCCUCCAAAGGGCUCACAGUGCUGGCCGUCGGAAGACGCGAAGAGGCGUUGCGGGAGACGUGCGACAUGUCCAAGGCGAAGAUCGAGGCCGUUGCCGCAGAUGUGGCGACCGCUGACGGGCGGCAGUCGGUGGCCCAGAAGGUGGCUGAGCUGUGCCAAGGAGAUGCCCCGUUGUCCUGUGUGGUACACAGUGCCGCGGUAACUGGGGAGGUGUGCUCUCCAGAGAACAUUUCUUUGGAAGACUUCAGCAAGACCAUGGCGAUCAACGUGGAAGGUCCACUUUUCCUGACCAAGGAGUUACUCCCAUUGCUGACGCGUUCGCAGGGCCGGGUGCUGCACAUCAGCAGUGGCGCGGCCCACAGGCCUUUGAGCGGUUGUCUCACCUACUGCACCAGCAAGGCUGCUCUGCUGCAAGUCAUGCGCUGCUUGGAUGAGGACCUUGCGCCCCUGGGAGUUCGUGUCGGAUCCACCAUGCCGGGAGUGGUGGACACGGCCAUGCAGUCGCAUUUGCGAUCGCAGGACUUCGAGGGCGCAGACAUCUUCCGCUCCCUGACACCGCCCGUUGCCAGUUUCGAAGGACCCAAGGCGCCACCGCGAGGCUUGGAUCAUCCGGAGAACGUGGCUGACUUUCUGAGCUGGCUGCUGUUGGAGGUCCCGCUGGAAGUGUUUGGUGGUCGCGAGUGGAACAUUGGCGACCCUGAGACUCAGAAGAUGUGGCUGCGCAGCCGUGAGGCGCCUUCAUUCUGAUGCGAAAAA